AUGUCUCGAGGCACUCCUGAUGGCCCGCUGCUGGGUGUGGAUGACUUAGUAGCAGGCGAUCUUGGAGCACAGCACAGUGGGCAGGUUACUGCAGAGUCAACGGAUUGUGGUGCUGAGAAGUCAGGACGCUCGCUAGAAAAGGAAGAAGGAAGUGGAAUACCAAACGAGGAGCAGAAUGUUGCAAAUCCAACUCCUCUACCUCAAAAGACACUCACUCCACCAAGCAAGUCUGGGGGACCAUCGACGUUGCGCAUCACUGCGACCGCAAAACCAAAAUUAUGGGCGGACUUACCGGUUUCGAAUCGCAACAAGAGAGGGUUGGCGCGCAAGCAGAAGGCUUUUCAAGCUGCGGUGCCGCCGCCUUCGCAGAGGCGUGGUGAUGAGCUGAUUCGGGAUGUUCCUGGGCAGUCGAUCAUUGAGGAACCGCCUUCAACAACGGCAAAUGCUGGUAUGGCGGAUGAACAAGGUAUGGCGGAUGAACAAGGUAUGGCGGUGGGUAAAGGUCUUGGGAAGACAGGGGAGAAUCCUCCCUGCCUCGGUGUUGCUGGGUUGCCUUCGCAGCAAGUGAAGCAAAAGGAGCCACCAACCGAGUACAAAGAAGCUGAUACCAGGAGAAAGCCUUCGCUCGAUGAACACAAUGUUAAUAUCAACCCAAUUUGUGGACCAACACCAAAUAUCAAAAUUUCGGAUACUCAGGUUUCCCAUAUGGUAGAAGCGGCUGAGCAUACAGCGUUGGCUGACGUCUCCGACUUACUGCCUGAUGAUGAAAACCUACAACCUACUGAGUCACUGAUCAAGCUCAGUGCGCCGUCAAGCACAAGCUCUCUGUCUAGAGAGAAUCUUGAUCAAGUCCCCCUCGAGAUAACCAAUGAAAGGCGGAAGAAUGUUCGCAAAGCAGGGUUGAAAACGUACAGUAAGAAAUACCUAAAUCCAGAAACUGCAGCGCAGAGAGUUAUAAACGAACCAGUUGCUCAGCCUAAUCAUCCGGAAGUGUGUGGAGAGGACGGAAGUCUACAGGUUCCAGCACCACUUAGAAGGCAGAGGCGAGUGUCAAAGACCGUCGAGAAGAAGAAAAAGGCUCUCAAAUCUUUGUUAUCAAAAAGAGCUGCAAAGAAGGUUCCUCGAAGACUACCAGUAACCGAGCUUGAAUGCGUUUCCGAAAGAGACAAUGAACUUGAAUCUGGUCUGAAUGCUGAUAAUAUUGAACAAGCCGAACUUUCAGAUGACAUGAUCUCACAAGGAAGUUUUGAAGAGAUUCCCACCUUACGACGACGAAUUGCUCGCAAGACGCGAAAACCAGCAAGAAUGCGAUCAGAUUCGCAAGAUCUAAAUCUCAUAGGCUACCGAAUGCCAGUGGCUCGCAAUCCCUCACAGUACCAACCCUCCUUGUUGUAUUCGGUAUCAGAUGGAUUUCAGGGUAGAGAAGGGGACCCUAUUGGGAAGCUAAUGCGUGUGAAACAGAUCACUCGACCACGAACACCUCUUGUCACAAUCCUACCAAGAUUUGGUACUCUUGAGCUCGUGGCGGAGAAAAAUGACGACGAAAUCGAUGUGAAAGCUAAGAGCCAGAAAAGCAAGAAGAUCAUCGCGAGUGAAGCACAAAUCAAUCCGGAAGUUGACGAAGACAUGGUCCUGCUUGAUGAACUUGCUCCAGAGGAAGAAGCAUCAUUGAUAAAUGACUUGGAGCAAUGUGUAGACAUAGUGGAAUUUGAGGACGGUGGUCUUUUGGAGAGAGCGUCUAACACUCAAUCUACAUUGAAUCCAGGAGUCGAGAGACUCUCCGGGUCAGGUAUUACUUUGGUUCGCCAUGAUAGCGGCCAGCAGAUGGUACAGUCACAGAAAAUACAAAACUCACUCAAGCGCUCUGCACCAGAGGUUUCCACCGAUACCGACAUCAGGAACCUCUCAUCCGAAGGCGUUGAUGCGAUUCUACGGCCAAAAAAGAGUCCUAGACGCGAAAAGCAUUUCGAAGAAAACGAGAUUUCCUAUUCUGAGAACACAGGUGCAGAAUAUGACCGAAAUAUUCCUCGUGAUCAAGAGCGACCAGAGCUACAACAUUCUAGAAAUUCGUCCCCAAAAGCCCAACUGGGCCCACCAUCGAUAGGAGAAAUCGACGAAAUUGCAAAAUGCUUCAAAUUAACACCACUAUCUAGCUUGAUAGGUCGGUUUGAGGGUCAACAUAUAAACGACCAAGACUCGGCAGUUGGUUCCGAUGCCAGCGAGAGUACUAAUGAUAAUCUCGGUAGUGGCGAGACAUCCUCCGAGGUUUCGGAACCAGAAGAUAGUUCCCCAUCACAGGUGUCAAUUACAAAAGAGGGUAAUGGAUUCAUAGAAAAGGUUGUCACAUACGAGGAGGAAUGUUGCGAACCGGUUGAGAGAGAUGAAGCUGACUCUCUGGUUUCCGAAAAUGAUUGCCAAAUCGACCCCAAGUCUGCCCAAAAUUGUUUCGGCACUCCGUCUCAAUCAAACUUGGACAAGCGCCCUAGACACGAUACAUCUAAUGGCAUUGACCAUGAACAACCGUCAACUGUUACUUUAGACAACGAGGAGAAUGCCAGUGAUUCGAGCGAGCCAGCAAGAGUAACCUUCAGAUGUGGCACGCAAUUUGACGAGCAUAUUACUGGACGGGCCGAGGAAGAUUUCAGCGAAGAGGAAGUAGAAAUUCCCAAUCGGUUUAAGCUGCUUCAAGAUAGUUUAGGUCCGGUGCAUUUCGAUAUCUGGGAUAGAGCUCAGCUAACAGUCCAUGACGACCGAUGUGAGACGUCUGAAGACACAGCCGAAGCAGCACAAAGUCAGGCCUCCACAAAAUGGAAUGGUAUUGAACCAGAAAUUAGGGCACCAACACACGGAAAUACUCUCAAAAGAGCCAACUUCAACCACAUAAAUGAAAGCAAACAGUCUCUGGGUCACAGAUUGCACAAAGAGAUCCAAACCACAGACCAUGUGAGUGCAGAGAGUGAAGUGGAUACCGACUCACAAGGGAGCCAUAGUGAAGCGUCUCCAACUCAAUUGUCUACAAGUUUCGACACACAAGAUGUUGAGUUCCAAGAUGAGUCGUGGCGACCACAUGCUCCACGACAAAGUGGAAAGUACAUCGAGGUGGACGAUGAGAUUAUUGACAGCCCACCACAUGUUCGUACGCAGAGCAGGCUUUCUAGCUUUUACAACAGAGCCUCAAGCCAACAAUUUUCGAGAAGACCUUCUUUAAAUCUUGUAUCGAGGAUACCUAGCCCCGACCUCGAUGAGGAACUCAUGUAUCAUCACAAAGGACGACAAGCUUCGCCCGAACUUGGAUUUUAUCAGGAAGACACAAACACAUGCAAAGAAAAGGAGAAGGAGAAGGAAAGAGAGAUUCCAGAGACUCAAUUUGAGAACGAUGGUGCGCUUUCAACAUCCCAGAUGUUUUUUUCAGACAUACCAAUUGCAAGUUAUUUUGAGCGAGCUUCGCAGGAUUUGAGUAAUCCAGUCUGGUGGACCUCAUCAGCACGUUCUAAAUCUGGCCCUGCAUACCUGGCUUCACCGUCGUCGAAGAGCGAUUUUGCUGUUGCCAAUGCAGUGACGGCAUCACAGAGAUCAUUCAGCUAUAUUAAUGCACCACCAAGAGAAGUUCCGAGAUAUCCAGUUGAAGGUCAAGAAGAGCCAAAGAUAUUAGACAGGCUUACUCGCCAAGCUAGUCAGAAUCAUGGCACCACGAGUAACACUGGAAAAAAGAGAAUGGUGUCUCUGGCUUUCAAACCACCAUUCAAGAAUGAAAUUUGCAGGAGCGGCUCUAUCAGACACUGA